UGUGUGUGUGUGUAUAAGUGCAAGCCGAUAAGUAGGCAACAGAGUUGUUCUUUAUUAACUUGACGCUAAUUCACAUUAAAAUAAACAUUUUUAAUUGCACGCAACAUUAGUAGCUUAUGCAAAAAAAGUGAAAUACAGUGAAUGCACAACUGAAUGACUAUCCAGUAAUCAAAAAUCGUUAAAAUAUAGAUGCCUAACUUGUACAUAUGUAUGUAUGAGUCAAGGCUUCUAUAUAAUACAAAAUUCAGUUUCAUUUGUAGCACUUUGUGAUAUUCUAUUAAGUAAAUCCAUUACUCUGGCUACAUUAGUGCACCUUAUCAGCAUGUUUGAUUGAAACCCUUUCACAUAAAUCUGCGUAGGUGUUGAGGUGCUUGCUCGUGUUUGUUUGAUUGAUUUAUUAUGCACGGGGCGCUUUCACUCUUCUAGCUGUCAGUGGGUGGGUAUCCUGGCGGAAGGAAUGUUUGUUGUCUUUAUUAUUUGUAAUUACGCUGAUUGAUUGUUAUGUCUGCAUGAUACGUUUACGUUCCGUUCAGUUAUUUCACGUUCGACUUCAGUUGUCUGUGUAUGCGAAGUUACUUUUGUUUAGCACUUUCUCUCUCUCUAUCUCUCUCCCUAUUUCUCUCACUGUCAAGUAAGAAGGAAAUUGAUACAAACUGCAAUUAAGAUGGCGGCCAGUGAUAAUUUUACUUAGUGCACAAAAGUAUGCAACGCGAAUGUCGAUCGAGCCGUUAGUCACCUGAGCCAUACAACACCGCACCGUAAGCAGUGAAGCAAUCAGUUCUUUUGGCACUGAGCAGCAAGCGUAUUUCAAUUAGCACCUGCACAAAAACAUUUGCCGACUUCCCACUUGCAACAAGCAUAUUCCUCUCACCCUACAACGAUUUAAAUAAAUAAAUAAACAAAGAACCCAAUACAAAAAACAUAAACUACAAGAACACUUUUACCGUUUAACGCAACAUCGACUAUGGCGAACACAGCGCAAUUGCUACGCCGUCAGAGCUCGCGCGACAUUGUGCUCAAGACCCAGAGGAGCAUCGAUCAAUUGGAACUGCGAGAGUUGCGUGGCCGUCUGGUGCCCAAGGAGCAUGGCGUCAGUCAUCAUCAUCACACAUCGCUGCAUCACCAUCAUCAGCCCAUGUACGGCGCAACGAAUCAGGGCUUCAUGUCCGAUGCCUUCGAUGAGUCAUCCGAAUUGGAGCAAGAGCCACCUUUCGGCUCGGAUGCGAGCACUAGCCGAAUUAAGGCCGAACUCUCCGCUAACGUGGAUCAACAGCAGCAACCGCAGCAGCAGCAGGACAUCGUUGAGGGCGAAAAGGAGGGCGAGGAGCGCGAGAGCUGGGAUAGCAAAAUCAUGUUCCUGCUAGCCACCAUUGGCUACGCAGUUGGCCUGGGCAACGUGUGGCGGUUUCCGUAUCUGGCGCAGAAGAAUGGCGGAGGCGCCUUCCUGGUGCCCUAUUUCAUAAUGCUGUGCAUACAGGGUAUACCGAUUUUCUAUUUGGAGCUGGCCAUUGGCCAACGACUGCGCAAGGGAGCGAUCGGUGUGUGGAGCCAGGUGUCGCCUUACCUGGGCGGCAUUGGCAUCUCGUCGGCUGUGGUCAGCUUCAUUGUAGCGCUCUACUACAAUACGAUAAUUGCCUGGUGCUUGAUCUAUUUGCUACACAGCUUCGAGUCGCCAUUGCCGUGGGCCGACUGUCCGACUCGGCUCUAUAAGAACUAUACAUACGACCAUGAGCCAGAGUGCGUGGCCUCGUCGCCGACCCAGUUCUAUUGGUAUCGCACCACUCUGCAGUGCUCGGAGAGCGUGGACAUGCCGGAGAGCUUUAAUUAUCACAUGGCCAUUGCGUUGAUAGUGUCCUGGUUUUUGGUCUACAUCUGCAUGGUGCAGGGCAUCACGUCGUCAGGCAAAAUCGUUUACAUGACGGCCAUCUUUCCGUAUGUUGUGCUCAUUAUCUUCUUCUUCCGGGGCAUCACACUCAAAGGUGCCGCCGACGGCGUGGCUCAUCUAUUCACGCCCCGCUGGGAGACGCUGCUCGACCCGGUCGUGUGGCUAGAGGCUGGCACCCAAAUCUUCUUCUCACUGGGACUCGCCUUUGGCGGCCUGAUCGCCUUCAGCUCCUACAAUCCGGCUAACAACAAUUGCUACAGGGAUGCUAUUCUGGUGUCGAUGACCAACUGCGGCACCUCCAUGUUUGCGGGCGUUGUUGUCUUUGCGGUGAUUGGCUUCAAGGCAACGGCCACCUUCGAUCGCUGCACAGAGGAACGAGCUGGCCUGGUGGCCCUGAAUCGUACGCACAACUUACCCGUUUGCGAUCUACAACAGGAGUUGGCCAAUAGCGCAUCUGGAACAGGGCUGGCUUUUAUCAUCUUUACUGAGGCGAUCAAUCAGUUUCCUGGCGCCCAGCUCUGGGCUGUGCUCUUCUUUCUAAUGCUCUUCACCUUGGGAAUAGAUUCGCAGUUUGGCACGUUGGAGGGCGUGGUCACGUCGCUGGUGGACAUGAAACUCUUUCCCAAUCUGCCCAAGGAAUAUAUCGUGGGCGCGCUGUGCCUCUCCUGCUGUCUGAUCUCCAUGUGCUUUGCCAACGGCGCUGGCAGUUACAUCUUUCAGCUAAUGGACAGCUUUGCUGGCAAUUUCCCACUGCUGAUCAUUGCGCUGUUCGAGUGCCUCUCGAUCAGCUAUAUUUAUGGUGUCAGGCGCUUCUCCGAUGACAUUGAGAUGAUGACUGGCUCUAGGCCGGGUUUCUACUGGAUGUUCUGCUGGAAGUAUUUGUCGCCCUGUGCCAUGGUCACCAUCCUACUGGCCUCCUUCUACCAGCUGGUGACCGAGGGCAGCAGCUAUCCGGCCUGGAUCGCGGCCACGGGUGCCACUGAGAAAAUGGAAUGGCCGCACUGGUGCAUUGUCAUCGCUUUCAUACUGAUCCUUUCAUCCAUACUGUGGAUCCCACUCGUCGCCAUAUUACGUCUAUGUGGCAUUAAGGUAGUUGAGGACUCGGAUCCCGCCUGGUUUCCUGAAGCAGAGCUCAGGGAAGUACAUGGCAUUGUGCCGCAUGAGCCUACCGAGCUGGAGCGCAGUGUCUUCUGCUUCAACAUGGAUGGAACGGAAGGCAUGUGCUGUCCCAAGUAUGGGUUACCAGAAAAGUCGCUCGAGGAGGAGGAGGAGUAGGUAUGGCUAAGUCAUCUGCAAAUCUCGACAAUAACAACAAAAUAAGGAAAACAGAAACAAAUAAAGCAGUUAACUGUAAAUAUAAAUGAGCUAUACAAAAAAAAAAAAAAAAAAAAAGUCCGAUGGAGGCAGUGUCGGUAGCUCCCAAGUAUGUAUCUAUAUGUUCCCAAAGACUGUCCCAAGCCAAAAACGACUGUAGAAGUAGCAACGCACCGCAAGAAAUACAGGAACCCUAAGAAAACACAGAAAACAACAAAAAAAAAGGUGAACUUAGCGCCUUCUGCGCGGUUUCAGCAACUGCAAGAAAUAAGAAAAUGAUGAAAUACGAGUAUGAACCGAAAAAGAAUUCUUUAAUAAUAAUCAUAUUAAUUGAAAAAGAAAACACAUAAAUAUCUAGAAAAUGUUUUGACAUAAUUCCAUUUAGUAUGUUCAACUAAAUAUCUAUGUGUAUAAAGCAGUUGGCAUAGCAAACAAUAUGGAUUCAGAUACUAGGAUAUAACUAUAUUUACCCUGUAGCUAGAAUUUCGAUAUAUGAACAUACUUGUAUAUCGAGAAGUGUAAGAGCUAUCAAAAUUUAUCAAAAUAGCUUGGUGUGCGAUGGGCAUAAGGAUAGCAAGGACAUUUCCUAAUUGGUAAUAUAUCCUGGGUUUUUCGAGUGUCAUAAUAUUAUAAUAUAUACUUAUCUAAAAGGACAAGCUAGUGUGUAAAAUCUGGCUACAGGUAUCUACACGUCGUGCAUUGUCGACAAUUGCACCUAUUUGUUUUCUUUCUGCCUCAAUAGAGCUAAAAGUGGGACAUACCUAUACAAUGGUCGAGCUUUGUUUUUGGCAUUGCAUUCAGACAGACACAUGUAUAUGACAGACAUAUAUGUCAAAGCAUUUCUGAUUUCCAUUUUUGAAGUUGAUUCUUUAAUUUUGUUGACUUAAAAGAAAAGAGGCAAAAGGAAAUGAAAGGCAAAGUGAAAUUGAUGCCAAGUUAAUAAAAAAAAGAAAAACGUUUGCUGACUAUAUCUAAAAUAUAUAUAUAUAUAUAUUUAUAUAAAUGUUAUAUAUUAUAUAUAUAUUUAUAUAAAUGUUAAAUUAUAAUGUGUCUAAAGCAUUUAAGGAUGUUUAAAGCUAAAAAAAUCUAACGGUUUGUGAGAAUUCUUUAAGUUGGUGUUUUACCUACCUUAUGCAACAUAUAGUAUGUUAUAUUGUAUGUAUACGUAUAUAUUCACUGACUAAGCAACCUUACCAUAUCUCUUUUAGUUAUACGCGAUCUAUAUAUAUAUGCAUAUAUCUAAAUACCGAAUAAUAUAAUACGAUAUGGGGCAAAUAACGCUAACAAUUGUUUUACAAACAAACCGAUUUGCCUAUAUACAUACAUAUAUACUUUAAUAUAUGAUUCGCUGUUGUGAUUCGCUCAGCUUUUUGUGUUGUUGCUGAUGAUGAAAUGAAAUUUAAACCCAAUGACUUGAGCCCUAUUCUAUUAUUGUUUUAUGAGUACUCAAUUUCGCUUCUCUGUUUUCCUAGUAAACGAUACGAACGAAUUCUUAGCUCUUAAGUCGUCAGAUAAAUAAUACGAACAUAUCUAUUGUUAAAGCAUAUAUGCAUCUAUUUCUUUAUUCAUAUUACGUAAUCUAAAUGUUAUUUAAUGGAGGAGAUUGGGGCCUACGAUUUAGCGAUCAAUAGCCAAUAUAUACAAUAUAUUCAAUGUAUUUAAUAUAGUUAGCACUAAACGUGAUAAGAGACAACUGCAUAUGUAUGUUAGAUGUCGGGUACUAACUCAUAUAGCAUAUAUCUACUCGAUCCAUGCCUAACCAUAACAAACAAAACCGUUCAUCUAGAGUACCGCAAAGUUCUAUAAUUAUACAAAUAUUAAUGAAGGUUUAUCUAUAAUAAAAGAUAUCGCAUGACUAUAAAAGAGAAGUUCCGCAUAUAUGAACUAUAUAUGUAUAUGUAUAAUAUAUUUCCAUGAUAAUAAAACAAUAUGUACCUAUGUAAGUAUAUACACAUAUAUACAAAUGAACGUUUUUGUGUGUGUUAAUUUACUUGAAAUAGAUCUACAAUAUUGAUAUUUACAUAAGUCCGCACAUCUAUUUAUAGUUGAGAUUAUAUAUAUAUAAAAUAUAUAUAUACAAAAACUAUCGAUGUUGACAAUAAUUAUUAAAGACGUUUUAAGGCCAUAUACAACUAUACCAAUGCCAAUACUUAGACAUCCCAACCGACCCAAAAUACAAAUCUAACCCACAAUUUUCCUAAAAUAGAAAAAGAAAUCGAAGAGAAAUUAUGAUAAGUAUUUAUUGAAUGUGUUAAUUGAUAAUAAUAUUAAUAUUAUUGUUUAUUAUUAAUUAUUAUAAAUAUUGUAUUUUGUUCUAUUGUAAAGAUAAAAAUCUAAAGUAUAAUAUGGAAUAUGAUAUGACAAUGUAUGUUAUAGCUAUGGAAGAACACUUGAAUAACAGUAACAAUAACAAUAACAAUAAUUUACAUAAAGACAAUAAAGCAAUUAUGUAAAAAGCUAA